GGAGCCGGCGCGGCGCGCGGGGCGGCCUGGGAGAGUCGGAAGCGCGGCGGCGGAGCUCUGCUAGGAGGCCUCGUCGGGCCCAUGCAGGACGCGGAGAACGUGGCGGUGCCCGAGGCGGCCGAGGAGCGGGCCGAGCCCGGCCAGCAGCAGCCUCCCGCCGAGCCGCCGCCGGAGGAGGAGCUGCCGCGGCCCGCCGGGCCCAGCGCUCCGGAGGCGGCAGGGACCGAGGGCGCUAAGGAAGAGGUGGCGGAGGCCGGGCCGGAGCCCGAUGUGAGGGCCGAGCCGUCGGCCGGGGUGGAUACAUCAGCGGAGGUAGCUCCCGGUCCCUCCGAGUCGUCCUCGCUACCUUUCUUCGAGGAGCCGCCCGGGUCGCAGUCCGAGUCCCCAGUCCUGACGCAUGGAGAGGCCGCGGGGGAGCAGGCCCGGGACGAGCCCGCGGACGGCCGGGCCCAGGCGUCGUCCGAGGAGGCGGGCAGGAACGAGGGCAGCGCGGCCGAGGCCGAGCCUCGGGCGGUGGAGAACGGUGACGCGGACGAGCCCUCCUUCAGCGACCCCGAGGACUUCGUGGACGACGUGAGCGAGGAAGAGUUACUGGGAGAUGUGCUCAGAGAUCGGCCCCAGGAAGCAGAUGGAAUCGAUUCUGUGAUUGUGGUGGACAAUGUUCCUCAGGUGGGACCUGACCGGCUUGAGAAACUCAAAAAUGUCAUCCACAAGAUCUUUUCCAAGUUUGGGAAAAUCACAAAUGAUUUUUAUCCUGAAGAAGAUGGGAAGACAAAAGGGUAUAUUUUCUUGGAAUAUGCAUCUCCUGCCCAUGCCGUGGAUGCUGUGAAAAAUGCUGAUGGGUACAAGCUUGAUAAGCAGCACACGUUCCGGGUCAACCUCUUCACGGAUUUUGACAAAUAUAUGACGAUUAGUGAUGAAUGGGAUAUUCCAGAGAAGCAACCUUUCAAAGACCUGGGUAAUUUACGUUACUGGCUUGAAGAGGCAGAAUGCAGAGAUCAAUACAGUGUGAUUUUUGAGAGUGGAGACCGCACUUCCAUAUUUUGGAAUGAUGUGAAGGACCCGGUCUCAAUUGAAGAAAGGGCGAGAUGGACAGAGACAUAUGUGCGUUGGUCUCCUAAGGGCACCUACCUAGCUACCUUUCAUCAAAGAGGCAUUGCUCUUUGGGGGGGAGAGAAAUUCAAGCAAAUCCAGAGAUUCAGCCACCAAGGGGUUCAACUCAUUGAUUUCUCACCUUGCGAGAGAUACCUGGUGACUUUUAGCCCCCUGAUGGACACUCAGGAUGACCCUCAAGCCAUAAUCAUCUGGGACAUCCUUACCGGGCACAAGAAGAGAGGUUUUCACUGUGAAAGCUCAGCCCACUGGCCUAUCUUUAAGUGGAGCCAUGAUGGUAAAUUCUUUGCCAGAAUGACACUUGAUACCCUUAGCAUCUAUGAAACUCCUUCUAUGGGUCUUUUGGACAAGAAGAGUUUGAAGAUCUCUGGAAUAAAAGACUUUUCUUGGUCUCCUGGUGGUAACAUAAUAGCUUUUUGGGUGCCUGAAGACAAAGAUAUUCCAGCCAGAGUAACCCUGAUGCAGCUCCCUAGCAGACAAGAGAUCCGAGUUAGGAAUCUGUUUAAUGUUGUGGACUGUAAGCUUCAUUGGCAAAAAAAUGGAGAUUACUUGUGUGUUAAAGUAGAUAGGACUCCAAAAGGUACCCAGGGUGUUGUCACAAAUUUUGAAAUUUUCCGAAUGAGGGAAAAACAGGUACCUGUCGAUGUGGUUGAAAUGAAAGAAACCAUCAUAGCCUUUGCCUGGGAGCCAAAUGGGAGUAAGUUUGCUGUGCUACAUGGAGAGGCUCCGCGGAUAUCCGUGUCUUUCUACCACGUCAAAAACAAUGGGAAGAUCGAGCUCAUCAGAAUGUUCGAUAAGCAGCAAGCAAACACCAUCUUCUGGAGCCCUCAGGGGCAGUUUGUUGUGCUGGCCGGUCUGAGGAGUAUGAACGGUGCCUUAGCGUUUGUGGACACUUCGGACUGCACGGUCAUGAACAUCGCAGAGCACUAUAUGGCCUCUGACGUCGAGUGGGACCCUACUGGGCGUUACGUUGUCACCUCUGUGUCCUGGUGGAGCCAUAAGGUGGACAAUGCUUAUUGGCUGUGGACCUUCCAAGGACGCCUCCUGCAGAAGAACAACAAGGACCGCUUUUGCCAGCUACUCUGGAGACCUCGGCCCCCAACACUGCUGAGCCAGGAGCAGAUCAAGCAAAUUAAAAAGGAUCUGAAGAAAUAUUCUAAGAUCUUUGAACAGAAGGAUCGUUUGAGCCAAUCCAAAGCCUCAAAGGAAUUGGUAGAGAGAAGGCGAACCAUGAUGGAAGAUUUCCGAAAAUACCGAAAAAUGGCCCAAGAACUCUAUAUGGAGCAGAAAAAUGAACGUCUGGAAUUGAGAGGAGGGGUAGACACAGAUGAGCUGGACAGCAAUGUGGAUGACUGGGAAGAGGAGACUAUCGAGUUCUUCGUCACUGAAGAGAUCAUUCCUCUUGGGAACCAGGAGUGACCUGGAGCACUGUGCGGCGCCGUGUCCUGUGCUGGAACGAGGCCGUCCCCUUGCAGGAAGCCUGCACGACUCCUGGAUUUUACCUGUGCUUUCUUCUUGCUCUGGACUGUGAACGCACCUGGGAUUCUUCCAUCUCAACACAUUUUUGUGCCUUUAAACCCCUGGUGUCCACAGUGGGGGAGGUUUUAAGGCACUGCUUUCACUUUUUUCUUGUUUGGGUUUUUAAUCCGCACCGCCGGUGUUUGCUGUGUAGACUCUGCUGCAGCGCCAUGGUGGGCGCCUUUUUGCCCCUGCGGCCAGCGGCAUUUCCAGGUGUCCUGUCCACAGCUGGGCGAUGUCUCCGUUCAGGAACUCCUGCUGUCUGGCAUGUGGCCACUGCUGGGUGUGUCCUGGAGACCAGCAGGGAGUGGCGCACCAUGCGUGUCCUAGCGUGCUCGGAAGAUGCCACAGCACCUCCUGCCACUCGGGCUGUGGCAGGUUCUCUCAGCAGGUUGAACAUGGAAAUAAAAGCAAAACCUGUAUGAAAAAA